AUGAGCAAAGCAUAUGAUCGGGUUGAGUGGAACUUUCUGAAGUCUUUGAUGGAGAAAAUGGGCUUUGACCCUCGUUGGAUUAAGUGGAUAAUGUUCUGCAUUUCGUCUGUUUCAUACAAGAUUAUUGUCAACGGAGUUCCGAGAGGGAGCAUUAAACCUACACGGGGGAUCCGUCAAGGAGACCCGAUAUCGCCCCAUCUAUUCAUUUUGUGCACGGAAGCUCUGAUAGCUCAGCUGAGGAGGGCGGAGGAGGCCGGAAAAUUCAAGGGAUUCGUAUUGCUCGAGAAAGUCUGGCGACGUCCCAUCUCCUCUUCGCUGACGACAGCCUUUUCUUCUGCAAGGCAGAUACCAACCAAUGCAAAGAAGUUAUUGAUAUCAACCACUCGUAUGGUGAGUCUUCCAGACAAAAAAUCAACUAUGCAAAAUCAUCCCUAA